AUGCAAUCACGCCUCGCCCUCUGCCCUGCCUGGGAACGGCCGCCCUUCAGCAAGCUUUUAGUAGAAGAGGAAACACCAGGCGUGGGGAGCUGCGCCGAGCGCCGGGGCUGCCGCCGAGCUGGGGGGGGACACCCACCGAGUGCUGGGGGACUGGGCGGCCAGGAAGGGCAGCGGAGGGCCGGAUCCGGCGUGGGACACCCCGGGUGGCUGAUGCUGGGGUGGCUGCUGGCGGCACUGGCGGCGCUGGCGCGGGGCGGCACCGCUGCAGUCCCCAGCUUUUCCUGCUGGAAGCAAUGCGGCUCCCGCUGGUUCCUCUGCUCCUGGCCGCCCUGCGGCCCCGCCGGCAACACCUCCUACAUCCUGACGCUCUGCUACGUGGUGCCCAGGCUGUGCCAGCAGUUCCAGGCGGGCGCGAGGACGACGUACACCCUGAAGCAUCACCACAUUUACGUCCUCACCAAUGCCACAGCCUGGGUGGAGGCGCGCUGGGGGGACCACGUCCACAGGACCCCGAACCUCACGCUGUACCUCAACGAGGCCGUGACCUGCGCCCUGGGGGGGAACGGCGCCUUCGAGGUCCAGCUCCGGCACAAGCCCCGCCACUGGAGCAGCUACUGGAGUGACUGGAGCAGCUCCAUCUUUGUUCCCGAGGAAAUCCUGGAGAGCCCAGCGUUGAGCUACCAGCUGGGAAAUCUGGGGAGAGAUGGGCAACGGGUGCUGAGGCUGGGCUGGCAGCGAGCCCCCGAGGAGCAGGGGGACGUCACCUACACGCUGCGUGCCCGCAUGCUGGCGUGCCACUGUGCCGAGCCGGCCGAGGAGGACGCCGUGGUGCUGGGGAGGGAGGUGACAGCACACAACCUCACCCUCUCCGGGGCCGAGUACGAAAUCCUGCUGACAGCGGCCAACGCUGCCGGGACGGGGCCGGCACAGCAGCUCCGGGUGCAGGCAGAGCAGCAUGCAGAUCUCGGCUUCAAGGAUGUCAGCGUGGCUGGCGGCACCUUGUUGGCGCGGUGGGAAGCACCAAGCCCUGGCUUAGCCUACUGCUUCGAGCAGUGGCAGCAGCUGCCAUGCUUGCAGCGGGCGCAGCAGCUCCCGCCACCAGCUCCAAAACCGGGCCUUUGCAUCCGACGGGAUUUCCCUGCCAAGAGCAUCCAUGUGGAGAGAGGAGCAGUGGAAGCACCGGCGUGUUACCGCCUCGCCGUGCACGGCUGGGCCCUGGCACGGGGCUGGUCCACCUUCGCCCUGCAGCACCACUACACUGGCAACGCCUCGCUGGCCGUGCCCAUCCGCAUCAACGCCAGUGCCGGGGAUGCCACCACCGUCGUCCUCUGGUGGAGCCCGUCCCCCCGUGCCGCCUGCCCCGGGGCACUGGCCAAGUACCUCAUCUGCCACGCGGCCGAGGGGGACAACGUGACCUGUGAGCGGGACCCCCCAUCCCUGCGGGACAGGAGGAUGGCGCUGCCUGCAAUCUGCAGGCAGCUGCCAGACUACUGCCUGUUUGUUAUCAUUUGCCCAGAUGGCGAAGCGGAUGCCACGGCGUCACACUACACCCUCCAAAACCUACGGCCCGGCACAGCCUACAGGGUGGGCGUUUGGGAGGUGACAGCGGAGAGCAGGGGGAUGUGCAACGCUUGGUGGCACUUCCAGACCAAGGCACUGGGUCCCCAGGGAGCAGCGUGGAAAUCCAACCUGAAGUACCUGGGCAUCUCGCUCAGUCUCCCGGCCGUGGCCGCCAUCUACCAGCUGAGCAAAAAGAGGGCUCGCCGCCUCCUCUUCCCACCCCUGCCUAAGCCCAUGGGCAGCAAAGCCAUCCAGUUCGGCGCCGGUGAAAUGAGCCAGGGCCAGCCCCGGCCAGGCUUUGUGGAGCCCUCGGAGAGUUUCAGCCCGGCUGAGCUGCUGCUAACGGAGCUGAAUCCCGGCAAGGAGAUGACGGACGCCGGCACACGGCCCAGCACGCCGCAGCCCAGCCCCACGGCCAAAGAACCGGUGGCGGUGCGCCUGCUGGGCUGUGAGAAGGAGCUGCCAUUCGCCUACCGGAGUUUUCCCCUGCACCUGGAGGCUUUUGCUGCCCGCGCCGGCUCGGCCACUGCUCCGGGAAAAAGCUGUGAUUCCUGUUGA